GGAGCUCCUACUGAACAGAGGUGUUUUCGAGACUGGAGAAGCUUGCUUUGUUACAACCUCUAUUGCGUACCCACCUGUGUCGCCAACGGACCGAUUCCUAUGUAACGGACCUUGCACUGAAUGGAAUAAUAUUUAUUGGGCGUCAAAGUUAUGAAUCUGAUGAUGCGGUAUUCACAUAUGUGGGAUUUGUAAUACUGCGCUGGUUUGAUACAUCGUUCGCAUGUGAUUGUAUUGAAAAAACAUGGACUAAUUUUUAUUCACAAUGGGAUUAAAACUAUUUCUUGUCUUCGGUUUAUUCUGCGUCACCUCAGGUUUCGGAGUUGAUCCUGCCCUACGCAUCAGUGUUUUCGAUGAGUUGAUGCCUGGAGAGAAUUUCAAUGGAGUUACUCAAGUCCAAGGCUUCCACAGUGACUCCCGGGCAUUCCACUUUAAAGGUUCAUCCAGGGAGUUGAAGGCCCCUGAGGCUGUGUCUGUGCGCAUUGUCCAGAAGCUGAGGGGCCAGAGUGAAUUCACUGUGCUGGUGACCCUGAAACAGGAGCACCUCAACUCUGGGGUCAUCCUCUCCAUCCACCACUCUGAACAAAGGUUCCUGGAGUUGGAGAGCAGCGGUCAGCGCAGCGAGGUGCGUCUUCACUACCGAACCGUGGGCCAGCAGGCCCACACUGAGGUGUUCCCGUACAGCCUGGCAGAUGGCCAGUGGCACAAGGUCUCUGUGGCCAUCAGCGCCUCCCACAUCGUGCUGCACGUCGAUUGCAACAGGAUCUACGAAAGGGUGGUGGAGAUGCCGUCGAUGGUCAUCCCUGAUGAUGCCACCUUCUGGCUGGGGCAGAGGAACAGCGCCCAUGGCUUCUUCAAGGGUGUAAUGCAGGACGUUCAGAUUCUAGUCAUGCCCCAGGGAUUCAUCUCCCAGUGCCCGGAUCUCAACCGAACAUGCCCAACGUGCAAUGACUUUCACGGACUGGUGCAGAAGAUCAUGGAACUGCAGGACAUCUUAGCCAAAACAUCCAGCAAGCUGUCCAGGGCGGAGGAGAAGAUGAAUGGGCUGGAUGGAUGCUAUUGUGAGAGGACCUGCAGUGUCAAGGGGGUCGUCUACAGAGAGGACGAUUCCUGGACAGAUGGCUGCAGGAACUGCACGUGCACGAACGGAACGGUGCAUUGUGAGACGGUCUCCUGCCAGCCUCCUCAGUGCCCAGCGGGCACAGCGCCUUCCUACGUGAAAGGUGCCUGCUGCAAAGAGUGCCAACCGGUAUGCCUGUUCAGAACAGAAGUACUGGUGGAGGGAGAUCUUAAAGCGAUGCAUGACAUCUCGGGCAGAUGCCAGAUGUAUGAGUGCAAGGAGAGGACUAUGCAUCGGGUUGUCGCGACGACCCCCUGUCCUGAGCUCAACUGCCCAGAGUCUGAGCAGGUCACCCUGGAUGACAGGUGCUGCAAAGUCUGCAGAGGUCAUGACUUCUGCGGAGAGGGUCACAGCUGUGUCGAGCACUCUGACUGUGUCAACCUGGAGGCUCGGGCGUGCUGCACCUGCAAGGACGGCUUUCGCCCCCUCCGAGAGGACAAUGCCUACUGUGAAGAUAUCGACGAGUGCGCGGAGGGCAAACACUACUGCAGGGAGAACACCAUGUGUGUCAACACGCCAGGCUCCUUCAUGUGCGUCUGCCACACGGGAUACAUCCGGAUCGAUGAUUUCUGCUGCACUGAGCAUGAUGAGUGCGUGACUGGACUGCAUAGCUGUGACCAGAAUGCCCUCUGUUUCAACACUGUCGGAGGGCACAGCUGCUCAUGCAAGCCAGGAUACACUGGCAAUGGCACUAUCUGCAAAGCAAUUUGUGAUGGCCUGUGCCAGAAUGGAGGAACCUGCGUCUCCCCUAACAACUGCAUCUGCCAGCCAGGCUUCACAGGGAAAAGGUGUGAGACAGACAUUGAUGAGUGUUCUGAUGGGUUUGUGGAGUGUGACGACAAAGCCAUCUGUGUGAACCUUCCCGGCUGGUACCACUGCGAGUGUCGUGAUGGAUACCACGACAAUGGCUUGUUCUCUGCCAAUGGAGGGUCGUGCGUAGAUAUCAAUGAAUGCAAGACAGGGAGGAACACCUGUGCCAAUGACACGACAUGCUUCAAUCUGGAAGGAGGCUACGACUGCAGGUGCCCUCACGGAAGGAACUGCUCCGGAGACUGUAUCCAUGACAACAAAGUGAAACACAACAGACAGAUCUGGGUGCUGGAAAAUGACAGAUGCUCUGUCUGCUCCUGUCAGACGGGUCAGGUAAUGUGCCGGAGGAUGGUGUGUGACUGUGAGAACCCCACGGCCGACCUGUUCUGCUGUCCGGAGUGUGAUCCCCGCCUCAGCAGCCUGUGUCUCCACCAGAACGGCCUGCUGACCUACGGGAGUGGAGACACCUGGGUGGACAACUGCCAGCAGUGCCAGUGCCUGCAGGGGCAGGUGGACUGCUGGCCCCUGUCAUGCCCCCCGGUGGACUGUGAGUUCACGGUGGUUCCAGAGGGCGAGUGCUGCGCCCACUGCAUCACCGACCCCUGCCAGGCGGACACCAUCCGCAACGACAUCACCAAAACGUGCACGGACGAGCACGGCAUCCAGCGAUUCAGUGGCUCCUCCUGGGCCAAACACGGCACGGAAUGCACCCACUGUCAGUGCAAGAACGGACAUAUUUGUUGUUCAGUGGACCCCAUGUGCCUUUAGUUCCUGAAGCUCUGAUGGCACCACCUGUACAGUGUUAUCCAUGUAAAAAAAAAAAAAAAAAACCUGCGUUUUACACCCUCCUGCCCAACUUCUUUAUACCAAAAUACAAACAUGUACUAUACAGCACAGAUGAUGGAA